AUGGUGGGGGUGAGGGUCGGGCUGGGGGAGCGUCCGCCGGGCGCGCAGGGGCUGCGGAACCACGGGAACACCUGCUUCAUGAACGCGGUGGUGCAGUGCCUGAGCAACACGGCCCCGCUGGCUGAGCGCCUGGCGCUGGGCUGCUACCGCGCCCGCGGGGCCCGCGCCGAGGUCACCCACCGGCUGGCGACACUGGUCCGCGCCCUCUGGACCCGCCGCUACACGCCACAGCUCUCCGCAGAGUUCAAGAACAUCGUCUCCAAGCACAGCUCGCAGUUCCGGGGCAACGCGCAGCACGACGCCCUCGAGUUCCUGCUCUGGCUGCUGGACCGCAUGCACGAGGACCUGGGGGCUGCCUCCCCCGCCCCGCAGCCCCGUGCCCCCCAGCAGAGUAGAGCAGAGGACCUGGCUCCUUUCAGGGUCACCUUGGUGCAGGACCAGUGCCCCCCCUGCCAGCACCCCCUUAAUGUCACCAAGGAGGCUGCCUCCCCGUCUGGGUGGCCAGCCUUUCCUCAGGAUGGAGGGAGGGAUGCCGUGCCAGCCCUGGGAGCAACGGUCUGGGGGGUUACCACGCACCUGUCUCAUCCCACUUGUCUCUUCCCCCACAGCCUGAUGAGGAUGGGAGUGGUGGUGCCAGCAGCUCCUCACUGGCCACCCGGCCCCCCCCGCGGGCAGAGCUUUGUGCAGAGCCACUUCCAGGCACAGUACAGGUCCUCCCUGACGUGCCCUCACUGCCUGAAGCAGAGCAACACCUUCGACCCCUUCCUGUGCAUCUCCCUGCCCAUCCCGCUGCGCCAGACCCGGGCUCUGAACGUCACCCUGGUGCUGCAGUGCGAGCGGCGGCGGUUUGUGCGGGUGGGGCUGGCGGUGCCCCUGCUGGGGACAGUGGCCCAGCUGCGGGAGAUGGUGGCGCGGGAGGGACACGUCCCCCCCGAGCAGGUGAUCCUGGCCGAGGUGUCCCCGCGGGGGAUCCUGCGCUCGUUGGGGGACAGCGAGGACCUGGGGGGGGCGGGGCGGGGAGCCCCCCUCUAUGCCUUCCAGCCGCCCCCGCCCCGCCCCGCAGGGUGCCCCCGCAGCCUGCCCGCCUCCCCCGGGGCGCAGCGCCCGCUGCCCGCCCCAGCCCGCUCCUCCGACUGCCUGCACCGCGGGGCGCCCGCCCGCGUCCUGCUGCUGCUGCUCUGCAACACGGCGGGGGACGGGCCGCGCCUCGCCAGGUUUGGGCCACCGCUGGUGCUGCAGGAGGAGCGGAGCAUCUCCUGGGAUCAGCUCCAGCAGAGCAUCCUGACCCAGCUGCGGGCCCUGCUGCGAGGAGAGGUGCAGGCCCAGGGCACCGGAACCCUCUUCCGCAUCCGCCUGGCUGGGGGCUCAGCCCCAUGUCCCUACCUGUCCCCGCAGGACCCCCGCCCCCUCUGCCACCCCGCCAUCGACAGAGCCCUGCAGCUGAGUGGGGCAGGUGGCCCUCCCCAUGUGAAGCUGACGGUGGAGUGGGACACGAGCACCAAAGAGCGCCUUUUCGGCAGCAUCCGGGAGGAGGUGGUGCAGGACGCGGAGAGCGUGCGGCUGCAGCAGCAGGCACACCGGCAGCAGCACAGCUGCACGCUGGACCAGUGCUUCCAGCUCUACACCAAGGAGGAGCAGCUGGCCCCAGACGACGCCUGGCGCUGCCCGCACUGCCAGGUGCCUCAGCAGGGCACGGUGAAGCUGAGCCUCUGGACGCUGCCUGACAUCCUCAUCAUCCACCUCAAGCGGUUCCGGCAGGAGGCUGAGCACCGGCACAAACUCAACACACUGGUGAGGUUCCCCCUGCGGGGGCUGGACAUGGCCCCCCACGUGGCACAGCGGGGCCAGCCCAGCGGGCAGCUGCUGGGGCGCUGGGGGUCCUGGCAGCCCCCCCGCUGCCCCCGCCUGAGCUCCCCCCGUGACUACCUCUACGACCUGUAUGCGGUCUGCAACCACCACGGCAGCCUGCAGGGCGGGCACUACACCGCCUACUGCUGCAACGCCCUGGACGGGCGCUGGUACAGCUACGACGACAGCCGGGUGGAGGGGGUGCGGGAGGCCGAGGUCAGCACCCGCAGCGCCUACAUCCUGUUCUACCAGCGCCGGGACGCCGGGGGUCCUGUCCCCUCCCCGCUUUCCCAGCACUGGGUGUCCCGCCUGGGUGACAGCACAUGGGACACCCCGUCCUCGUGUCCCUCGGCCACCGCACCCGGCACCCCUGCUGCCACCACCGCCCCGGAGAAAGGUGGCUUCGAGUCCAGACCCGCAGUGCGGGGGGUCCAGGGCUGCAGCCCCCCGCCCUCGCCCGCCUCCGAGACCGGGGGGGGUCCGGGGGGGCUGGUGGCCUAUUUAGAGUCGGGGCGCCGACCCCGCUGCACCCGCCGGCCCCUCCUGCCGCUCGGCUCGGGGGGGGAGAGCGGCCCCGACACGCCCCCGGCCCCCCGCCCCCCAAAACAGCCAGGAAAGGGGCAGGAGCAGGCGGUGCCCCCCCGCCGGCCCCUGCUGCGACGAGCCGCCAGCGCCGGGGCCGAAGGGACCCUGCGGCUGCCCCCCAAAAGCCAGAGCGGGGAGCGGGGGCGGCCGGGGGGGCAGGGGGGUGUCCCCCCGGCACGGCUGUCCCCCGACCCGGCGGUCAUGGCGCGCUCGCACAGCUCGGCCAGCCUCCCCCCGCGCCCCGGGGGGGCCCUGCAGCGCUCGGCCUCGCUGGGCAGGGGGGCGGGGGGCACCCCCUUCACCCCCCGGCCCACCCCCGGGGCCACCCUGCAGCGGGGCCGGCAGCUGGUGGGCUCCCUGCGCCCCUCGGCCGUGCCCGAGUCCAGCUUCUGAGCCGCGGGGAUCCCACCGGGGGCAGCCCCAAACGGGCCCCCGGCUGGACCAGCCUGAGCUCUCGAACCGGGGCUGUCCCAAACUGGGGGGGGUGGAAGGAGGGAGGGGUAUCUCAGUCUGGGUGCUCCUGAACUGGUGCCACCCCAAACUGGGGCUAUUCCAAACUGGGAUGCUAACUGGAGGCUAUCUCAAACUGGGUCUCCUGAACUGGGGGCUUCUGAAGUGAGUGAUCCCCAACUGGGGGCAUCCCAACCUUGGGGCACCACGAACCAGGGUUGUCCUGAAGCAGGGGCAUCCCGAAUCAAGGCCAUCCUGAACUGGAGACUCCCAAACCAGGGACAUCCCAAACUGGGGCAUCCUGAGCCAGGGACGUCCCAAACCGAGGCCUCCUGCCCUGGAAGUCGUCCUGAAGAGGGAACUUCAAUGUGGGGGCAUCCCGAAUCAGACACUGCCAAACAGGGUGUCCCAAACCAGGAGCAUCCCAAGCUGGGGACACCCACCCCCCCACACAACUGCCCCACACCCCUUCCCAGGAGCAGGUGGGGGAUCCCCCCUCCCCCCCCAGCUCUGAUCCACCAGAGUAUUUAUUGUACCAGGAGAGUUUUAUUCAGAGACGCUUUUUGUUUUCUAAAAGGCGACUAUUGGAGGGCGGGGAGGGGCAGGGGGGCAGGCGGGGACACCCCCCCCCCACCGUGGUCUAUGCAACUCGUGAUUCCUCCAGCCAGCUUUUGUACGUGGGGGCUGCGACCCCCCCCAACCCUGCCUGCCAUUUCUAUUAAAAGACACAUGAAAGGAAACUGGUGGCAGCGUCCAUCCAAGGGGAAUUAGCCAGGGGUGGGAAGGGCUUCACUUGUCCCAUCCAAGGUGGUCCUGGUGCUGCUGUGGCUUGGGAGGGUGAGAGUCAGCCUGGGAGUGGGGGCUCAUGGGGUCAGUGGUGGCUGGAUUGUGCCUCAGGGUGGCAAGUGUGUGUCUGGCAGGGGGUGCGGGGGGUGGUGGCAGCACCUGGAGCACCAGAGUUGUGUUACCAUCGGGCUGUGCCCACCAAGGCAGAGGAGGGGGUGUCUGGAGAAACUUGAUGCAUCCACGAAGAUGGAGGUGGGAUCAUAGAGGAGAUGGAGGCAGAACUGGAGGAGAGGAAGAGGGUGCUGGAGGUAGACAGCAAGGUGGAAUCAGGGUGGAGGAGAUGGAGGUGGAGAUGGAAGUAGAUAGAGAUGGAGGAAGCAGGAUUCAGUUUAGGUGGAAGAAGAGAUGAAGCUGGAGGAAAUUGUCCCUUGCUGGAAGGGUGCUCCAGGCUAAGGUCCUUGCUGUGCCACAGCUGGUGCCAGGGCUGUGAUCCUGCUUUGCAGCAGGGGACGAAUGUGGUUUGGGCACUCCUCACCGAGGCCAGCAGCAUCCCUGGGCACAGCAGGUUCCCCAGGGCAUGGACCAUGGCAUGGUGAUCGUGGGGUGAUCAGCCAUGGGAUUUCACCAGCACACAGUACCACAGUGUGCCAGUGUCCCUGGAGCACUGUGCCAUGGGGAGGGUGUCAGCUGGGAGGGACAGCUGUGCUUUGUCACCACCUGCCAGAGGCUGUUGGCUUUGGAGGGUGGUUGAUGCUCUGAGCAAUGCUGUUGGGUGGGAGGUUUUGACACCAUCCAUUUGACCUAAAUUGAACCUCCUGGCUCCCUGCAACCUACAGAGCACCCAGGUGUCCCUGACACCUUCCUGGAGCAGGUUACAGAGCUGCUGCUGUGCCCCCCCCGCCAUCUUCCCUGGCACCUGUAGGUUCAUGGCCCAGAGAUGCAUCCACACCAUCUUACUCCUCCCCAGGGUACCAGCUUCCACCCUGUCCCACCAAGAUGGGUGGGGGGCCUGGUGCCAUCCAAACCCAUCCACUACACGUCCUCCCCUCCUAAGCAGGAUUGUCCUCUGCACACUCUGCUUGGUCCCAAAACACAGGAAAGAACCUGCCACAAGCCCACCCCAGGUUUGGGACCACCUCCAAACUAGCCUGAGUCCACCCCAGGCUUGACACUGCCCCAUCCCUUGGGACUAUGGCAGCCUCCACGGAGAAAACCCCAUCGUGUUAUCACCCCAACCCUCAUUAAAACCCGUUCGUGCAAAGUGCUCUCCAAGAGUCUGGAUAAACCCUUUACUAGGGAUUAGGACCACCCCAAAUCCAGGCUGGGACCUCCCAGAUCUGAGCAGGGACCACCCCGAGCCUGGCACUGCUCCAUCCCAUGGGACCAGGACCCCGACA